CUCUGCGCUCUCCCGCCCAGCCGUCGCUUCCCCUUUCCGACCUCCUCGGCCGUCCUUUGCCCCUUCCCGCCUUUUCCCGCUCCUCUGCGGUCCGCAUUCUCGUGGGCCGCCCCCUCGCCCGGCUCCGGUCCCCCGCGCUUGCGCCUCCGCCCUGCUCGGGCCGCUCGUUUUGGCUCGAGGAGUCUGUUGAGAGCAGCUUUCCAGCCGGAGACCGGGCGGCCUUGGCUCGGCGCUCCCAGCCCACCCGGCCCUGCCCAUUCAUUCUCCCCAUCCUGUUCAACCGCCGCGGACCCGGAUUCCGGUUGAAAAGAAUUAACUGGGAGCCGUGCGACUGCAGUUGCGUGCGGAGAGUAUUAACGGGAACAUCUAUAGUAGUGUAAAAACUUUCACAAUGAAAUCCGAAGCCAAGGAUGGAGAGGAGGAGAGUCUACAAACUGCUUUCAAGAAAUUAAGAGUGGAUGCCUCAGGGUCCAUUGCAUCACUGUCUGUUGGAGAAGGCACAAGUGUUAGAGCGUCAGUCAGAGCAGCAGUAGAUGAUACCAAACCUAAAACUACAUGUCCCUCUAAAGACAGCUGGCAUGGGUCUACAAGGAAGUCUUCCCGAGGAGCCGUGAGAACCCAGCGUCGUCGACGUUCUAAGUCUCCUGUCCUUCAUCCUCCAAAGUUCAUACAUUGCAGUACAAUAGCAUCUCCUUCCAGCAGUCAGCUCAAGCAUAAAAGCCAGACUGACACACCUGAUGGCAGCAACGGGCUGGGAGUUUCAACCCCUAAAGAGUUCAGUGUGGGAGAAUGCUCUACUUCUCUUGAUGCUAAUCAUACAGGGGCAGUUGUUGAGCCUUUGGGAACUUCGGUUCCCAGGCUCCCAUUGGAAAUUAAGACCGAAGACUCCUCUGAUGCUACCCAAGUCUCUCAAGCAACUCUCAAGGCCAAUGAUCUCUCUGACUUUCGAUCUGUUUCCAAGUUAAACCAGGGCAAGCAGUGUGCCUGUGUAGGCAAGGAGUGCCAGUGUAAAAGGUGGCAUGACAUGGAAGUGUAUUCCUUUUCAGGCUUGCAGAAUGUCCCUCCCCUGGUCCCAGAACGAAUUUCCACACUAGAGGACUAUUCUCAGUCGCUGCACACGAGAACUCUGUCUGGCUCUCCCCGCUCCUGCUCUGAGCAAGCUCGAGUCUAUGUGGAUGAUGUGACCAUUGAGGACCUAUCAGGCUACAUGGAGUAUUACUUGUAUAUUCCCAAGAAAAUGUCUCACAUGGCAGAAAUGAUGUACACUUGAUAGCCAGAAGCUAAUUUGUGUGCUUUAAACCAAUGAAGGGUUGUCAAAGAGAUUUAGUUAAUGGCAGACUUUGUGGCCACUUUGUGAGAAGACAUCUCUUUCUGCUCACUGUGCUUGCAAUAAAAACUUUUCUUGGCAUCUUAAUUAAA